GUGCAUCUGGAUUCUCGGAAGUACACAAGAACUCUCCGUCGCAAUUCGUACCUUGUCCAGACGACCAAAAGAAUAGGGCAUGAGGCGGCGGGUUAACAUCGCCAUGCCGGUUUCUAGACGACGCUUAGAAUGCUCUCCCAAAGACUUGAGGAACUGAGCAGAGACCCAAGUGACCCCAACGGCAUCGCCGAACUUGUUGUCACGGCGCUCGGCACCGCAGGAAGUUACUACAUAUGCUGGAAAACGCGAUCAGGACAGUACAAGCAAGGUAUGUCAUCUGCGGUAACCAUUAUGAGUUUUGCUAACGGUACACCUCCAGACAGCCAUGGGCUGCCUAUCGAGUUGCGAGAGUGGCUCUGUCCAACAGACGGACCAACGCGAGACUUUGACAGCCUCCAGGUGAUACUCGGACCUGGUGAUGGCGACUUCGUCGCUUCAGACUGCUUCAGAUCGUACGAUUCGAACACCAGAUCUAGGCCAUUGUCCAUGAUGGUAAGCCCCGCGGACUUGCCAGGUGAUGUGAGGCAACGCCGUUCGGCCACGGUUGGUUCGUUGGAAUAUCCUGGCACCAACCGUAGGACAAGUCUCAUUUACGAGGAGCCUAGCUCGACGCCGGAACGAAGCCGUGAAGACGUGCCUCGACUCGCAUCGUUCGUCUCGAUUGCGGCCCGUGUGAACCGGUUCCGGCGGCGCCCACUGAGCAUGUAUCAUACUGGUACGCAACCUCUUGUGAAUCCCGAUGGCCUACAAGAGGAACAACCCAAGGAACCUGGGCAUUCAGAUGUAAACAGCAAGUCACGCGAGGGACUCAACCGAUUACCAUUGUAUCGGUCGGCAGAGUCCGAACCCCAAGGAGACGCGGCGCAAAAACCAGUCAGUUCGUAUGUUAAUGCCGGCGUGCAAACGGACUCACCUCCCUCGCCUCCCCCUAUGCAGACGACUUUUCAUGAAUAUCAGCACCAUAGGCAUACAAGGGACUCUUCAUCCGCUUCAAGUACGUCAUCCGUCUUCACUUCAUACUCUGAGACCUCUACCCGACGAUCGAGCAUUGUCGAAGACCACAAUACGAAGUCAACUUUCCGCCAGUCUUAUAAUUAUCAUCCGAACCCUGUGCUCAUGGGACGGAUGCAAGACUACUUUCGAGCAUCAGGAUAUCGCCUAGGCGAUGCUCUUCAAUUUUGAUUUGU